GUGCAAUUGCUGGGACCAUGACUGUCUCCGAGUAUCUCUCACAUGUCAGCAAGCUGGAAGCUUUCGGAGCGUUGUUGGCUGCAUACCUGCUUUACGGCAUUUGCCUCGCGAUCUACCGUCUCUACCUAUCGCCCAUAUCCAAGUUUCCAGGGCCAAAGCUCGCAGCCUAUACACUGUGGUACGAGUUCUACUACGAUGUCGUUAAGCGAGGAAGAUUUGCUUGGGAGAUCAAGAGGAUGCAUGAAGUAUAUGGUCCCGUAGUCAGGAUAAACCCCUACGAACUGCAUGUCAGCGACCCGGACUUCUACGAGGAACUCUACGCUGGCCAUAACCGGAAGCGCAAUAAAUGGGCUUGGUCUGCGGACAUGUUCGGCGUGCCUGGUUCCAUGCUGGCUACUGUCGACCAUGAUUUGCAUCGCCGCCGACGAGCGCCGAUAGCGCCUUACUUCUCGCAGCAGGCAAUUAGGCGCUUCGAUCCGGUGAUUCGGGAGAAGCUUGACGUCUUGUAUGCAAAGUUUGAGGAGUAUGAGAAGAGCGGACAGCCGGUCAAUCUCGAUGCUGCGUUCACCGCGCUAACGACGGAUAUCAUUACUGAGUAUGCGUUUGGCAUCUCGUAUGGGCAUCUGGAGGCUGAAGGUUUCAAUCCCGAGUGGGUGCCGCUGCUGAUGAGUGCGAGUGAGAACUCGCUGCUGCAUAAACAGAUCCCUUGGAUUACGGGGGUGAUGAGAAAGAUCCCGCUUUCGCUCCUCCUCAAGAUCAAGCCUGAGAUGGGGAACUUCGUCGUCUUUCAGGAAGGUAUCCACAACCGUCUGGAAGAGAUCCGCAGCGGCAAGAACCCCGUGGACCCCACCAGCGACAAAGCCACCAUCUUCCACGGCAUCCUCUCAAGCGACCUGCCAGCCUCGGAACUCACGCCCCUGCGGCUGCAAGGCGAAGGCCAGACCAUAGUAGCAGCUGGCACCCUCACCACCGCGCACUACCUCAAGUCCACGAUGUACCACAUCCUCUCGAACCCGGCCAUACUCCAGAAACUACGAGCAGAACUCGAAGGCGCCAUGCCGAACCUCGCCGUUCUACCUCCGUAUCGAGAGCUAGACAGGUUGGAGUAUUUGAACGCGGUGAUUAACGAAGGCUUCCGCCUCAGCCACGGCAUCAUCCAGCGCCUCACUCGCAUCGCGCCGGACGAAGCGCUGCAGGUUGCUGGCUACACCAUCCCACCAAAUACUCCAAUCAGCAUGUCGUCCUGGGACCUGCACCUCAAUCCGACGCUCUUCCCCUCGCCACACAACUUCAAGCCUGAGCGCUGGCUCGAGCCCGGCGCCGACGCGUUGAAGAAGUACCUUGUGAAUUUCACGAAGGGGAGUCGCAUGUGUCUUGGUAAGGAUCUCGCAAGAACGGAGAUUGUGUAUACGUUGAGUCUACUAGUGAGAAGGUGGGGCGGGGACGUGGACGGGGGAAUGAAGCUGUGGGAGACGGAUAGGAGCGAUGUGGAGAUUGAGCAUGAUUUCUUUAAUCCGUUUCCGCGGUUUGAGAGUAAGGGCGUGAGGGUGGCAUUUGGGUAGCCGCCGGUGAGGUUAGGUCUUUGGGGAUGCUAGGUGAGUGAAGGCAGGUCAAGUCAUGGUGGCUUUUUUUUCUUCCUCGACUUUCCGGCAGCGCCAGAAGGGUCAAUGAAAAAAAUGGUAAAAAGGUG